UGGCCUGCCCUCCCCCCCUCCUCCCCUCUCUCGCUCCCUCUCUUCUGCGGCUGCCUGCUGCUCUCUCUUUUCCUCUCCUUUCCUGUCUGACACAAGUCUACCUGACGGGAAGCGCACAAAGCCGAUAAGGAAAAAUCUGGCGCACCGGCUGCGCCAUGCUGCGGUAAAGAGAGAAAAGCAAGGGGCCGCUGUCUGCGGAGGGGGGGAGGGGGGUGGGGGGGGUGCAGAGGAGAGGACGGAGGCUCCGCGCCGUGUCUGCUCUGCCCAGCUCCGCUGCAUCGCCGAGCGGCCUGCGAAGCACACAAGAUGUCGACCAGAACGCCAUUGCCCACGGUGAACGAGCGUGACACCGAGAAUCACUCGUCGGUGGACGGCUUUGUCGAGCCCCCGGCUCCCCCUACCAAGUCUGCGAGUCGUCACAGUCUGCCACGAUGUCGCAACUCCUUCACCUCCACAGAGGAGCAUCCUCACAUCGGCAAUUACCGCCUCCUUAAGACCAUCGGAAAGGGGAACUUUGCCAAAGUGAAGCUGGCACGGCAUGUCCUGACUGGAAGAGAGGUAGCGGUGAAGAUUAUAGACAAAACCCAGCUGAAUCCGACCAGUCUACAGAAGCUUUUCAGGGAAGUCAGAAUAAUGAAGGUUCUCAAUCAUCCUAAUAUAGUAAAAUUGUUUGAGGUGAUUGAAACUGAAAAGACACUUUAUCUGGUGAUGGAAUAUGCAAGCGGUGGAGAGGUGUUUGACUAUCUCGUGGCUCACGGCAGGAUGAAGGAGAAAGAGGCCAGAGCCAAGUUCAGACAGAUUGUGUCUGCGGUGCAGUUUUGUCAUCAAAGGAGGAUAGUGCACAGAGAUCUGAAGGCUGAGAACUUAUUGCUGGAUGCAGAUAUGAACAUCAAGAUAGCCGACUUUGGCUUCAGCAACGAGUUCACGGUGGGCAGCAAGCUGGACACAUUCUGCGGCUCCCCGCCGUACGCUGCUCCUGAACUUUUUCAAGGAAAGAAGUAUGACGGUCCAGAGGUGGACGUCUGGAGUCUCGGGGUUAUCCUCUACACACUGGUCAGCGGAUCACUGCCCUUCGACGGACAGAACCUAAAGGAGCUGAGAGAGCGGGUUCUGCGAGGGAAGUAUCGCAUUCCUUUCUACAUGUCCACAGACUGUGAAAACCUACUGAAGAAGCUGCUGGUGCUCAACCCCGUCAAACGAGGCAGUUUGGAGCAAAUCAUGAAAGAUCACUGGAUGAAUGUGGGCCACAAUGAUGAGGAGCUCAAACCUUACACCGAGCCUGAACCCGACUUUAAUGAUUCAUCCCGAAUAGAGCUUAUGGUGACGAUGGGUUUCCCUAAAGAUGAGAUCACAGAGUCCUUGCAAAGCCAGAAGUACGAUGAGGUCAUGGCCACCUACCUGCUGUUGGGUCGAAAAGCUCCAGAGUUUGAGGGUAGCGAGCCUCUGACCAACAGCGUCUUGGGUCAACGACAGCGACCGACCAGCGACAUCAACAACAGCUCCAGCAUUUCUCCCGCCCAUCCCAAGGUCACGCGCAGCAUUUCGGCCAAUCAGAAGCAGCGUCGCUACAGUGAUCAUGGUGGGGAUGAUGAUGAUGGUGGUGGUGUUGGUGGUGUCGUAGAGAAGCCAAUGGGUCCGUCCGUUCCACCAGCAGUAUCGUACUCAAAGCGAGGUCAGGCCCUGAGCGUGGAGAGUGACCACAGGGAGGAGUGGGACGGAGCACGCCGGCUAGAGCUGAGUACUUCAAAAGGAGACGUUCCUGCCUCGCCGCUGGGGGUGCAGGAGAGGAAGAAAGCUACAAGCACUGUAGGGCAGACCAAUGGCUCCAUGACUCGCAGGAACACGUAUGUGUGUGAGCGGUCUUCCACCGAUCGCUACUCAGCUAUUCCCAACGGAAAAGACAGCAGUUUGAGCGAGGUGUCGGGGAGCACGCCGUCUACAGCUCUGAGUUCAACACGACCGCGUCACACCAAGUCCAUGUCGUCAUCAGGACACCCUUCAAAGAGCACACUGCCCCCCAUCGACGACAACACGGAGCUCAAAUCUAGCUCCUCUCCGCGCGACCCCUCCACCUCUCCCUCUGUACACAGUAUUAGCACCCCUGAGAAGAACCGGUUCCCUCGCGGGACGACCAGUCGUAGCACCUUUUGCGGAUCUCAGCUGAGAGACCGCCGCAGCGCUACGUACAACGGUCCCCCGGCCUCGCCCACCUUGUCCCAUGACACGGGGGCUCUGGCACAGCAACGCAGGGGCACGUCUACAGGAAUCAUCAGCAAGAUCACCUCAAAGUUUGUCCGCAGAGCUAUGUCUUUCAGGUCGACCCAGAGGGUGCCUAGUGAGGGAGAGGCCAGUGCCAGGACGGAAACGCCGAGGAGUGCAUCCGGCGAUUCUAAAGAAGACGGCAGUCGGGACACCAAGCCCCGCUCUCUGCGUUUCACCUGGAGCAUGAAGACCACCUCCUCCAUGGAGCCCGCCGACAUGAUGAGAGAGAUCCGAAAAGUUCUGGACGCCAACAGCUGCGACUACGAGCAGCGCGAGCGCUUCCUGCUGUUCUGCGUCCACGGCGACGCCCGCCAGGACAAUCUGGUCCAAUGGGAGAUGGAAGUUUGCAAGCUGCCCCGUCUCUCACUCAAUGGCGUGCGCUUCAAGAGGAUAUCAGGCACGUCCAUCGCCUUUAAGAACAUCGCCUGCAAAAUUGCCAACGAGCUCAAACUGUGACGGCAGAUGGAGGACCGCUCAGGCUUCGGCGAGCUCUGGUUACGGUCUCAUCUCAUCACUGGGUUAGUGUUGACUUACAAAACCGAAUCAACACAGAAGGGUCCUCGCCACGCAGAAUCAGGGUGGACUCAGCUGAUGAACGCGCAUUGCCGGCCGCGAAUGUACUGUACAGGGUUGUGUGGGUCAGAGGAGUCCGUGACGGACAGAUAGCAAAAACAACUAACCCUCCGUUCUUUUUUCUCUCUCCCUCCGACCGGCCCCGUCUCUCUCAUCAUCCUGCUGCUACGUGUCAGAGGAUGCAGUCGUGUAACACAUGCAGUAUGCAACCGAAGAUCCUGCAAUAAUGUUUUCAGCAGCCUGAUUUUUUCUUAAUUGCAACGUCAAAUUCUAACUUUUCGCUGAAUGAUCCUUAAAAUUACUGUAAGCUAAAAUAACCGCUUCUCCACCUGUGUUAAGGCAGUAUAUAGAUCAGGCUGGAGCCCAUACUAAAACUAUGUAUAAAGAGAAUUGUACUGUAUGCAUAACAUCUGCAGGUACUGUACUGUAUAUUGAUUUUUAGUUCUGUACAGAAUCUUAAUUGUUAAUACCGUCUUUUUUUUCAUGGGGUUGAGUUAUUUCCUUAUAUAGUUCAUGCCUCUUAGAGUUUAAUUCUUUCUGUUGAGUUUUAUUUUAUUUUAUUUUUUCCUUUUUUUUGGGGGGGUAAGAACCACAAAGUAAAAAAAUAGUGUUUUCAGUUUAAUUUAAAGAGCGCUAAAUUAUUUUGUGGAAUUUUAAGGGACGUGUUCCCUUGCCUUUUAUGUUAUAUAUUUGUUUGCCUAUUAAAAAGAAAACAAUGAAGCUGCAUCACACAGAUUUGGGUUUUAACUAAGACUGCAAAUGUGUUCACUUUAUUUUCUCGCCGCAGUGGGUGCAGGUGAUUUGGAGAUCCCUGCUGCAGUUGCACAAGUAUUCAGGGUGAACAUGCGCGUGUCCGCCUGUAGUCCUCAGUUACAAAAACACAGGGCUUGGAGGGUAGGAUGCACCAGAAGUGAAACGUGUGAAAUGUUGCUGUGGAGCUGGAUUGAGUCCUGCUACCGGUCUGAUUCUGCAGGUACUUGUGUAUCACUUUGCUUGUGUUCUAGUUUUUUUUUUAUUCAGCUGAUUUUAUUGUAUUUAUUCCAUUACACUGUAAUGUGCUGCAUUGUAGAUUUGAGGCGUGCACUUUGUUGGAGAAGAUUAAAAGGAUUUUAUUUGUUUGUAUUUA